AUGGCCUCUCGCAAGGACUCUCUCUCGCCUGAGGGCUGGAAGGGCGGCCGCCCGGUGUCCCAUCGCAUGGCUCACCUGAAGACUAAGGAGGAGUGCCGUCUCGGCAACGAGACCAUCCAAGUCUGGACCGUCGAGCUGCCUAGUAAGCACGCUGAAUGGGUCCUGAAAAUCGUGAAGGACCAGGUCAGAGAACAGGACUCCAUCGACCUCCAGCACCUCCGUCGCUUCGCCAAGCCCAAGUUCCUCCCCCAGCAUGUCGUCGGCAAGCGCAGCAAGGUGAAGGAGAUGUAUAGUGUACCGCGGGCAUGGGAGUCAACGCCGUUUUCUGUCAUGCAAGCGCCCUCCACCACCACCUGGGACUACAGCCACCCGAAGAACAGCAACAAGGUCAACCGCCCGCAGACGCUUCACCUGCUCAUUUGCCCGACAAAGUUCAUCGAGCUGCCCGACUUGUACAAUCUACUUAUGCAGCAUACACCCUUCUGCUCAUCGGCGGACUCCUGGGCGUACCCACUGGACAUCAAGGAGGUCACUGUUCCGCUGCUUGCCCCCACCAGCCCCGAGCAAGCAGACAUGUGGUCGAGGGACUACUGGCCAACCUUCUACCGCAAGACGAACCCCUUCGGCGCACAUCCAGCUACCAUCUGGAGGGCGGAAGAUGAGCUACAGAAUAUGCCUGCACCUGGCAACGUGGAUGUCAAGGAGGCCAUGGCUCUCGCCAAAGCCGCCGGACGCGAAACGGAGACUCGUGGUUACGGUAUUGGACCUGGCUGCGUCAUCAUGGAGCGUGUCGAUAACGUCACUGAGAUCGUUGCUGUUGCUGGCGAUGCCCGGUCCAAGCCUGUGAAAGCCGGAUCCAUGGUCGAGGACACCAAUACCCAAAGCGGCUGCAACGGAAACAUCAUGGCUCACGCAGUCAUGCGAGCAAUCGGCAUGGUCGGCCGGAAGCGUCUACGAGCUGCCUCCUCCACCAUCUCCAGGCGUGCCGCCAAAGCCGAGCAGAAUUUCGAGACCUGCGGGCUGAACCACGACGAAGCAGCACGCGACGCUUUCUUCCUCGAUCUCCCCAUUACCCCGAUGGAAGAGCAGUACUUCAAGGAAGACAACCUCGUCCCAGACGGCUACCUCUGUCUUCGUCUCGAGAUCUACCUCACCCACGAACCGUGCAUGAUGUGCUCUAUGGCACUCGUGCACAGCCGCGUCGGCCGCGUCAUCUUCGCGAACCGGAUGCCGCAGACGGGUGGCCUGACCGCGGAGGUCGCUAGCAACGACACCGGACCCGUCGGGCUCGGGUAUGGAUUGUGCUGGCGCAAGGAGCUCAACUGGCAGUUCAUGUGCUGGGAGUGGGUGGAGGAGAAGGAGGAGGAGCAGUCACAGCAGCAGCAGCCUAAUGGCAAGAAGGAGGCUAUCGGAGGUGUUGGCAUGAAUGGUAAUGUUGAGCACUCUGACCCUGAGCACCAACACCAAGACACCCACACCACCCAUGCCUCUGCCGUCACCUCCGCCCGCGCCACCAAGAGCAAGAAGGGCAAGGGGCUCAAGGAGAGGAAGAAGGAGAAGAAGGGCCUUGUCGCCGCCGCCGCCACCACUGCGAAGGAGGGCAAGGACGGGAUGAUUAGUGACGAUUAUGCUAAUGUGAGCAGCUUUGUCGAGGGCACGCAUGCGUAG